GGGGCGGUGCCGGGACAGGAAGCGGAAAGCAGCAGCGGAGCGGCGGCGGCGGGGCUGCGCGGAGCCUCUGCACGGAGCCCAGCGCAGGCCGCAGAGCCGGGGGGCUGCUGGGCGCCGACACCCCGCGCCGGGGUCGUCCGCACCCGCUGGGACCCAGGUGAAUGUUGCAGGUUAAGGUAUCUUUUUCGUAGCCUUUCUCGAAGUCGAAGAGUUGGAAGACCACUCCUCCAAUUCCCUUCCCGCGUCUCAGGAGUGCCCUCGGUGAAAAGCACCAUAACGGUGGGCGGUUUCUCCUGAGGAAAACCAAUCCCUGCCCCUUCCCCAAGGGCAAGGUGCCCUCUGCUAUGGAUACCGAAUCCACAUACUCUGGAUAUUCUUACUAUUCAAGUCACUCCAAGAAAUCUCACAGACCAGGGGAGAGAAACAGAGAGAGACACAAAUCCCCUCGAAGUAAAGAUGGCAGCCGUUCCGAAAAAUCUGUCACCAUUCAGGCCCCUCCAGCAGAACCACUGUUGGGGAAUGAUUCCACUAGAGGAGAGGAGGUACAGGAUGACAACUGGGGAGAAACCACCACAGCCAUCACUGGCACCUCGGAACACAGCAUCUCCCAGGAGGACAUUGCUAGGAUCAGCAAGGACAUGGAGGAUAGCGUUGGACUGGAUUGCAGACGCUACCUUGGCCUGACAGUGGCGGCAGUCUUAGGUCUUCUUGUUUUCCUCACCCCCAUUGCCUUCAUUCUCUUACCUCCAAUUCUAUGGCGGGAUGAGCUGGAACCGUGUGGCACAAUAUGUGAAGGGCUCUUCAUCUCAGUGGCGUUUAAACUCCUCAUCCUUCUCAUCGGGACCUGGGCCCUCUUUUUCCGUCGUCAGACGGUGGAAAUGCCUCGGAUCUUUGUGUUCCGGGCCCUUUUACUGGUCCUCAUUUUUCUAUUUGUGGUUUCCUAUUGGCUUUUCUAUGGUGUCCGCAUCCUGGACUCUAGGGACCGAAAUUACCAGGGCAUUGUGCAAUACGCGGUCUCCCUUGUGGAUGCCCUUCUCUUCAUCCAUUAUCUAGCAAUUGUGCUGCUAGAGCUCCGGCAGCUCCAGCCCAUGUUCACGCUGAAAGUGGUCCGGUCAACUGACGGCGAGUCACGCUUUUACAGUUUGGGAAACUUGAGCAUACAGCGAGCAGCAUUGGUAGUUCUGGAAAAUUACUACAAAGAUUUCACCAUCUAUAACCCAACCCUCUUAACAGCCUCCAAAUCCAGAGCAGCUAAGCACAUGGCUGGCCUAAAAGUCUACAAUGUAGAUGCUGCCCUUAUGGCCAAACUGAAACUUUAUAUAACGGAUGGCCCAGGGAACAAUGCUGCAGGUCAGUCUCGGGCUAUGAUAGCAGCUGCUGCUCGACGCAGAGAUUCCAGCCACAACGAAUUAUAUUAUGAAGAAGCAGAACAUGAACGUCGAGUAAAGAAACGAAGAGCCAGGCUGGUGGUUGCAGUGGAGGAGGCCUUCAUUCAUAUCCGCCGUCUCCAGGCGGAAGAGCAGCAGAAGGUCCCUGGAGAAGUGAUGGACCCCAGAGAGGCAGCCCAAGCCAUCUUCCCAUCCAUGGCCCGGGCCCUGCAGAAGUACCUGCGAACCACCCGGCAGCAGCACUAUCACACCAUGGAGAGCAUCCUGCAGCACCUGGCCUUUUGCAUCACCAACAACAUGACCCCCAAGGCAUUCCUUGAACGUUACCUCAAUGCCGGCCCAACCCUGCAGUAUGACAAGGAUCGAUGGUUCUCUAAGCAGUGGACACUCGUUAGUGAAGAAGCUGUCACGAAUGGACUGAGGGAUGGAGUUGUUUUUCUACUUAAGUGCUUGGACUUCAGCCUUGUAAUUAAUGUGAAGAAAAUCCCAUUCAUCCUGCUUUCAGAAGAGUUCAUAGACCCCAAAUCACACAAAUUUGUCCUUCGUCUACAAUCUGAGACAUCAGUUUAAAGGUUUUAUAUUUGUUGCUUUUAAAAAAAAUAUAUCUAUAUAUAUUAUAUUGUGGGAUUUUUCUCUGGUUUUGGUUUCUCCAAUGCUGACUGAAACUGGCAGGUGACAGACCAGUAUUCUUUGACCAUCUGCACUUUAUUUGGAAGAAAGUAAGGGACACCUGUCCUGAAGAGAGACAACAGGAGGCAUGGCUCCAGUAGCUGACUCUCCUACAGAAGCCUUCUCACUUUUUUGCCAGAGUCUUAUAGAUAGCUGUAAACCAAAUUGGAGUUGGCGUGUUCGUGGGAACCUUGCCUUAUAGCAGCUAGUCCUCUGUCUCAGUGUCAUUCACUCCCACCUUCCCCUGUCCUCCACCAUGUCUUCUCCAUACUCUGUCCCACUGGGUCCCCUUUGUGUACCCACAGGUUCCUAGAGAAGCGCCUCUCUUCGCAGUAACACUCCUGGUGUAUACCCAACAGUGCAGGGCCUAGAGCUCACACUUGGAACGAGAUGACCCUGACUGGCCCAGGAAAGACGAGAAGUUGGUCUUCCCAAUCUGUAUUGUAUGUAAAGGUCCAGCACUGCUUCACAAUUGUGGGCCAUAGGCCAUGACAGAAAAUGCCUUUCUUUUUUCAUCUUUGCUGCCUUCAAAUCCUUCAAAGAAAUCACAGUGAAUAAGUGCACUAUGUUUGUGGUUCUUGCAUUGUUUGAAACCCCCUCCCUGCCUUCCCUUACCCCUCUUCUUUGCUCCCCAAAGAUAACUGUUUUGCUCUGCUUGUCUUACUCAACGCUGCUUCCAUCUUGUAUGGGAGCACCCCUUGGUCUAUAGCUAUCGUUACUGGUUCUUCUCCUUGGAGCUGGGGGGAGUAAGUAGGGUGAGGCCCCAGCCGUUGAGUACAGGCCUCCAUGGCCUCUCUUCACCUGCCCCCAUUGUAGAUUUGCACACACUCAUAAUAGCUGCUUAGAAGAUGUUCGAAUAAAUCUCUCUACCAUCAGUCCUACAUCCCUACUUCUUCUGAGAAAGGCCACCCGUGGGAGAAUUCCAUUCAAAUUCAACAAGCACCUAUUGAGUGCCAGAGACAUAGACUGUGGUUUUGACAUGGACAGGUAUGGCUGAGAGUCAUCAAGCUUUGGGAUGGGGGAGGAGAGAGAGAGAGAGAGAGAGAUUGAGAAAGCAAGAGAGCCUUCCUCCAAGGCUGCCCUGCUAAGAAAGAUCAAACCAUAGCCAUGUGGCAGCUAACUACAUCAAUUCCUGUUUAUUUUCUGACCAUCUUCACUGUGUGGCUUUUUGCCUUCUAAUUACUACAAGGGAGAAGGGGAGCUGUUUUGGCACCUCUUAUGGUCUUUAAACUAUUUCUGUGGUAGGAUGGAGUGGGAGCGGACUAGUAGAGAGGGGUCAAGUGAAUCAGAAUUAGUUACUUACAUGUAACUUAUUGUCAAGGGACUCCUUUCCCAGCUGUGUGUCUGAAGGAUCUGUCUUUAGCUGAUCACCAGCCAUGGUGCUGAGAGAAGCUGGACCCUGUCAAGACAUUGCUGGCGGUGCAAAGCUGUUCAACACUGUGUCUCUCAGGCAGGGCCAUCUUGGAGCAGAAGCAACUUUUUCCUCCAGCUCCUAUGUUUCCGCCACAGACUUUUACAAUUUUAUUUUAAAGCAUUCAGUAUUGCUUUGCAGCCAGGUUUUCUGGGUCCUCUGUUACAUUACAUUACAUUAUAUAAGAUGGUUUCGGUGUCCAGUGUGCAUUGAUUUUAAGAACACUGUUUUUUAUGUUUCUAUGAUUGUUCAGAACCUUAUGUAUACUUUAAAAAAAAUGUCUUUGGAGGUUUACAUGACACCAGUUGCUGAAAAUUGGACUAUGUUCUUGGGUUGGCAGUAUUGUUCUAAUUCUACAGUGAAAUGGGUAAGAAGAAAGGGAUUCCUUGGGGCUUGGCUGAGUGUCAGAAUCCACUAUUCAACUCCUAGGACCCCCCUGCUUAUGGGAAAUACAUAUCACUCAAAGGUGGAGCUGCUGUCCUUUGGGAUUUUGCCCUCAAGGUCCCCUCAAAACUGGAAGUUGCUUAAAAUGCUCAGUCACCUUCUCAGGAAAUAUAUUUUGUGGUGUGGGAAUUCUAUCUUGGUAUAUAAAGGUGUAUUCUAGUACUAAGUGCAGAAUAGAUGGGCAGCUGUGGGAUAGUAAACACAUUUCCUUUUAAAGGGCCAUAGAAUCCUAUGCCCUUCAAGGGGAUGCUGGCAAGACAAAAAUCCUGGUCUUUAAAAUGAAUUCCUUUGUGUUAUUAAUCAGCCCUUUCAUAGCUAACCUGGAAGGAGUUAAAUUGGGCUUUCUUUCUGUGCACUCUUAGUGCAGUUUCUCCUUUGAAUUUCCCCAUCUUUAGGAUAGUGACAGGUGAGUUCCUUUUCACUCUCUGUAGAAGCCCUAUCAUUUGUGCAUUUGCAGCAUGAUUGGGAAAGACUGAAA